UGAACUUCCUUCCCGAAGUGAAACGGCUGAGAGUAAAGAGAGGAAGAUAGCUAAAUACACUGCAAUACCAGCCUUCCCAGGUGUUAUUAUUAUUUGAGAGAUAAGAACUGAAAGCUUGCGUAGAAGUCUGACUGAUUCCAUUACGUUCAGAUCGGUACUGGGAUUUAACAUGGCACCUUGUCAACAUUUACUUGUCAUUUUUUUGGGAUGGAUCUAUAUCUGCAGUGGAUAUCGCUUUAUGUUGGACGAACAUCUCCCUGGACUGAAAAGAAAGGCGGAAAUGGGACAAUUUGAAGAGAAUAGGGAUGAUGAUCGCUUCGCUAAGGACGAGGGCGACCUUGUCUUACAGGAGACCGUAUCAGAGCACAUGCAGAUGCUGUAUGAGAAAUACAAUAGUGCAGGAUUUCAUUUCAAGGAUGGAAAUACGGUUCGCAGCUUCAAAGCACACUGGGGUACAGUUAACGGCAUCCAGAUGCAGAUCUUUAAUCUAACUUCGUUAACCAAAUCAGAGGACAUCAUUUCUGCCACGUUACACUACUUCAUUGGUGGCUUGCAGAAUAGCUCCUCCAGAUGUACAAGGCCCCAAAGUUGCAGUCAACGCAGUUCAAAGCAAACCUACAUUCAGCUGGGUAUUUGGAGUUCUGCUUCUUUGGAUAAUGACACCAGGACUCUGGGCCAUGUUCGUAUCAGGGUUCCCGCAGCCCACAGAGACGUGACAUCCUGGCAAUGGAAAGAUAUAACGUCCUUUAUGAAGAAGGCAAAACAUCACAACGAACUCCUCAUUGGCAUCAAAGUCCCAUCAGAUGGACACAAGCUGUGGAAUGAGCUUCUGCUCGGCCCUCCCCCUUACAUCCUGGUGUAUGCCAAUGACUCCGACAUCUCUGGUCCAGAAAAUGUGGUGUCCGCCCUGCAAGGGGGGCACAAAGACCCUGUGCGGCCAGGACUUCAUCGCUUAGGAGUACACCUGAGUGCCAGCACAAUGCCACUUCGGUCCAGGCGCUCAGCCGACACCCUCCUCCCGCUCCAGAACAACGAGCUCCCAGGGAACGAGUACCCAUAUGAGGUCCCACACUGGGAUGAGACGGACCCGUACAACCCCAUAGACAACAGACCGGCGAAACAGCCCAAGAAGAAGCCCCGGAAGAACCACCGCCACAAGGUGCCAUUGCUGCAAUUUGAUGAUCAGACUAUACAGCGGGCACACAAGAAGCAAUGGAGCGAGCCGCGCAACUGUGCCCGCCGGUACCUGAAGGUGGACUUCGCUGACAUAGGGUGGAGUGAGUGGAUUAUCUCCCCAAAAUCCUUUGAUGCUUACUACUGUUCAGGAUCUUGCCAGUUUCCGAUGCCAAAGUCCCUGAAGCCCUCUAACCACGCUACCAUCCAGAGCAUUGUGCGGGCAGUGGGCGUGGUGCCUGGCAUUCCGGAACCCUGCUGUGUGCCUGAAAGGAUGUCACCCCUCAGCAUCCUCUUCUUUGACCAGGACAAGAAUGUAGUGCUCAAAGUUUACCCCAAUAUGACCGUGGACUCCUGCGUUUGCAGAUGAUGUCGAAAUUGCGUUUUGCACUAAAAGAGAAACGAAACCCUGAUAUAUAGCUAAUUAAGAAUUGGUUCCCAUAUCAUUUAUCAAAUUUUUGAAGACUUUAUCUUUCUGUUGUGGAAGCUUGAAAGAAACAUAGCCUAAAAUAAUAUAUUUUUGUAAGAUAUGUAAUCUCUUUUCUGCCCCUACCAAAGGAGGUUUUGCUUUAAUAUGCCUCAGAAAUAAAAAUUUAAUUUCUAACUUUAUGACAUAACACUGUCUAUCUUU